CUCAUCCCCGGGAGUGCCUUUCCAUGAUGCCCGCCGAGGCGCCCAGCAGCGGCGAGGGCGCGGAGCCCAGCGCUCCGCGGGAGCGGCGGAGGCGGCGCGGCCGUGCGCGGGCGCGGACCGAGGCGCUGCUGCACACGCUGAAGCGCAGCCGGCGGGUCAAGGCCAACGACCGCGAGCGGAACCGCAUGCACCACCUCAACGCCGCGCUGGACGAGCUCCGCAGCGUCCUGCCCACCUUCCCCGACGACACCAAGCUCACCAAGAUCGAGACCCUGCGCUUCGCCUACAACUACAUCUGGGCCCUCUCCGAGACCCUCCGCCUGGCCGAGCAGUGCCUCCCGCCGCCCCCCGCCUUCCGCGGGGCCGCCGCGCCCCCCAGCCCCGGCAGCGACGCGGGGUCCUGGCUGUCCAGCGCCUCCCCGUCCGCCCCUUCGCUCUGCGCCUCCGCCUCCGGCCCCAGCAGCCCCGCCACCUCCGAGGACCCCUUCCCCCCGACCCCCACCUCGCCUCCCGCUCCACUCCGAAAAACGGGGAAGAAGAAAAGCGACAGAUUUGCUGCCGCAGACGAGGUGAAAAGUCAAUUUUACAAUUUGUAG